AUGCCCUCAUCCUCAGAGUACCCCAAGUUUCUAGGCGUGCAGGGCAAGCCUCUGGAAUGGACUCUUACAGCUAUCCUCACCUUCGGCUUUGUGCUCGUUGGUUACGACCAAGGUGUCAUGUCUGGCGUGAUCACAUCACCCCAGUGGCUUGCCGUUUUUCCCAAGGUCAACAAUAACGCUAAUCUUCUCGGCUUCACUGUUGCUAUUUACGACAUCGGGACGACACUCGGAGCAGUGACGAUGAUAUUUUUGGGGGACAAGAUCGGUCGUAAGAGAUCAUGUCUGACAGGAGGAGCCGGCGUGAUCCUCGGGGUUGUCAUUCAGGUUACUGCAAUGCCCUCUUCUUCGGUUAACGGGAGGUUUGCACAAUUUCUGAUCGGAAGGACCAUCACUGGCUGGGGUAAUGGAAUCAAUAUGGCGUCGAUGCCUGUGUGGCAGUCUGAGCUGUCGCAUGCCAGUCGCGGGAUGUUGGUCUGUCUUUCGACAGGUCUCAUUGCGACAGGAACGAUGUUCUCCUACUGGCUCAACUACGGCAUUCAGAACUACACAAGCUCUAUCACAUGGAGAUUUCCCAUCGCCUUUCAAAUCGUGUUCUGUCUCAUCUACUUCAUUGGCACCUUCUUCCUCCCCGAGUCUCCUCGCUGGCUGUGCAAGUUAGACCGUAUCGAAGAUGCCACCAGAUCCAUGGCUGCCAUCAAUAAGGAAAGACUUGAUGGUCCCAAAACCAAAGAAGACAUUCGCGGGAUCCUCGAUUCGAUUGCUAUUGAGCAAUCUGCUGAAGGGUCCAAGUUCAAAAUCUCGGACAUGUGGACUGGAGGCCCUUCGCAACAUCGUCGACGUAUGUUGAUCGGCAUCUCAUCGCAAUUCUUCCAGCAAAUUACAGGUUGCAAUGCUGUGAUCUACUACUCGCCCAUUCUAUUCUUGAACGCACUGCAUACCUCGCGGCACUUUUCGCAGCUCAUCGGUGGCAUCGACAUGAUAGUCUACGCGUUGUUUGCUUUGCUGUCUUUCUGGACAGUGGAGUCCGUUGGCCGAAGGAAGGUGUUUUUGAUUGGCACAACUGGACAGAUGGUCUCCAUGAUUAUCACGUUCGCUUGCCUCAUCCCUGGUACACCGGGUCCAGCCAAAGGAGCAGCGUUUGGUCUGUUCCUGUACAUCGCCUUCUUUGGUCCGUCAUACUUGACGGUGCCAUGGCUAUAUGCAGCUGAAAUCAACCCAAUCCGGAUUCGCGCCAAAGGUGCUGCUGCCGCCAACAUCGUCAACUGGCUCAUCAACUUUCUCGUUGUGAUGGUGACGCCAAUCAUGAUCCAAAACAUCGGCUGGGGAACAUAUUUGUUCUUCGCAGCCGUCAAUGCUGCCGCUCUGCCUUUCAUCUAUUUCUUUUACCCCGAGACAAGCCAACGCUCGCUCGAAGAGAUUGACUUCAUCUUCGCCAAAGGCUAUAUCGAGAAUAGGUCAUACGUCAAAGUCGCCAAGGAGAUGCCUCGUCUUACCAACGAGGAUAUGGAGAAUCUUGCCGAGGAGUAUGGUUUGACCGACGCCAAGAUGAAGAUGCAGGGCGCGGUCGGUGCGAAGGAGACGGCAAAGGAUAUCCAGAUGGAGGAGAAGCAACUUUGA